AUGGGUGAAUCAGGUAAAUUUUGUUAUUCUUUGUUGGUUUUUAGGUGUGACAAGAUUAAUACGUGCAUAUCGGUGCGGAAAGUUGUUCUAGAAGGUUGAUCCUUGGUUUGAAAGAUGGACGAGAGUUUAUUUUAUCUAAAGCACGUUUGAUUUUUCAGUUUAAAAUAGAUUUUCGAUAGUUAUGAAGACAUUCACCUUAUCUAAGGUCUAAAAAUCACAUUUUUUUUGAAAAACUUAUUUUUUUAAAAACAACAUACUUUUAGGUACUAAAACAGCUAUGGCCGUUUACCUCUCAGUAUUCAGCGCAAUUUUAAAAUUUAUUGAACCACAAGUACUGGAACAUAUGCCAUCUCCAUUCAAGUCGUUCAAGUUUUUGGACAUUGACAUGGGCGAUAUGCCUUUCAGAGUCAGUGGACUCAAAGUAUACACUCAUAAUGUUGGAAGGGAUAGAAUAAUAGUUGAUUUGGACGUUGCGUAUGCUGGAGAUGCUGAACUUAAGGUCAAAACAUGUGGAUUUAACGGAGGAAUGAACGAACUUGUAGUAGGUUAUUUUCUACUUUUUUCCUUUGGUUUUUAGGUUUUGACUUGUUGAUUCAUGGCUUAACUUAACCAAUUUUGGCAUGAGGAGGCAUAGCUGUAAUGUAUAAUAUAAUUUUCUUUGUAUUUCAGGGAGUUUUGAGAAUAAAAAUAGUUGAAACACGUAACUUGGAGAAUAAAAGAUGUGUCGUUUCUUACUAAAGACAAAGUGAUCCGUAUUGUGAGGUUCUGGAGUGCAAUUUCAUUUUCAUGGGCCAGGGUUUGCUGGGGUUGUUCACGGAAGCAAAGUAAGUCGAAGUGCGGAUAAGAAGGGUUCGUUUGGAAUUAGGGAAGGGUGAUAAAUGGGUGUGGAUUCACCCCUUGAGCCGGACCGAAAAAGAUUCAAAGGUCUCGUAGGUGUGAAGUUGAAAAAAAGUUACGCAAAAUGAAUGCACUUAUAGCUAAUUGUGGCUAAAUUUUUGGAUUUUACCCCCCCCUAUUUAAAAAAAAAAAUUUUAAUUUUAAAAAAUUAAAAUUUUUCGUAUUUCAACGUGAUUCACGUCGCUUCCCGGCUCAAUUUCCCGCCUAUUUGAAACAUUUUCCCAAAACUUAAUUUGAAGCCGCAAAUUUGAAACCAUUGUCCCAAAAAAAAUUUUUUUUCGGCCGUUUCCGGGGUCAAAUUCUAAAAAUAUGGCCGGAUGAUGACAUGGUGAUAAAUUUCUUGACCUUUUGUUGCUAAAGUUGACAGUUUUUGAAACUUUAAAAUUAAAAAAAACUUUCUGCAAACUCGCUAGACCUUUAGACUGGGCUUAACUUUUCAGUCCAAGUGUUUCAGAAAUAAAUAAGGUUUUUCUGUUCCGAAAUGAAUGAAAACGAUUAUUUUUACAAAAAAAAUUAAAAUCAUUAGUUCAGACCAAUUGCUUAGCCAAACUAUUAUUAUUAGCCCAGCCUAUUACCAAUAACCCAGUCCUAUUCCUUCCCCAGUCUAUAACCAUUAUCCCAGACUAUUAUCAUUAGCCGAACCCUAUCCCAUAGCCAGCUUAUUACCAUUACCCCAACUUAUUAAAUAAAACCAAUAUUUUUCAAAUCGCAAUGGUUAAAUAUUGCCAUAGCCAAGCCAAACAGCAUUUUUGUGAUAACAUAUUUUCGUAAAGUCGAAACGAAAUGCCUUUGCAUGUUUUGUUACAAACACGUUUUUAAACAUUGUAUCAGGUGCAUGAAAUUCCAAAAAACAAAAAAAAAUAUUUCUUUAAUUAAAAUUUUAAAAAUUUAUUGAAUUUUCACGGUAAUCAACGCCGGAGGAUGAUUUUAGUUUAGCAAGGGAGGUCAAAAACUGUUUUCUGUUUUUCAUUGAUUUUAAAAUAAAAAUCUCUUCAUUAUCAUUAACAGAAUCUAUAUUUCAGCUAUGGUUCCUCACAGAACCGGACAAGAAACCAGUCUUCGAUCCGGACCGAUCCACUCUCGACUGGUACCUAAAUGACUACCCCAAACUGGAGCCAAAUCAAAAGCCAUUCGAAUGUCUGAUGAAGCCAGGAGAGUUGAUUUACUUCCCUGACAAAUGGUACCAUGCCACGUUGAAUAUGGAGACUUCGGUGUUUAUAUCAACCUUCCUGUCUGGUACGGCUCCAUCUCGGCCUCGGAAUGAACUGUGA